CUGCUGCAGCUGGCAGGUGGGGUGGGGGCCGGCCGAGCUGACCACGCACAGACCCGGCGCGGCGGCACUGCGGCCCCGGGGCAGCCGGCGCCGGGGACAUGCGCUGAUUCGAUCCCUCCGGAGAAGUUUCCUGAGUUUCUGGGAAGGCCUGGUUUCCCCAAAGGAACGAUUUCUGGUAGAAGUCUGAAGGUCUGACCCAAGAAAAAAAAUCCAGUAUAGCCAAUGAAUUGAGAACAAGAAGGUUUCCAAUCAGCUCCUGCUAUGUGGAUAUUUGUUAGCAAUGACUGAUGUGGAAACUACAUAUGCAGAUUUUAUUGCUUCAGGAAGAACGGGUAGAAGAAAUGCAAUACAUGAUAUCCUGGUUUCCUCUGCAAGUGGUAACAGCAAUGAAUUAGCCUUGAAAUUAGCAGGUCUUGAUAUCAACAAGACAGAAGGUGAAGAAGAUGCGCAGCGAAAUUCGACAGAACAAAGUGGGGAAGCCCAGGGAGAAGCAGCAAAAUCUGAAAGUUAACACUCCACUUUGAUCGAUCUUCAUCAACACCUGACAAUGUCUCAAAUCUCCAGGCCUGGCUGGAAUGCAUUUAUUUCCAAGAGUGAAAAGGGGGAAAAGAAAAUGGCUGUGCUGCAUUGCAGGAACCUGCUUGUUAUGUUAAAAAUGGGGGCAGAGGCUGUGGCUGCAGACAGACUUUUCUCUACCUCUGGCAUCAGCAAUGGUUGAAAUCAUGUGGCUUGUGUUUGGAUGUCAUUUUUGUACGGAUCCUUUCACUUGACCAUAUGAUUAAAUGCUUGUAGAGAGUAGCACCGACCUAGAUGAUGAUUCUUCCUGUAGCAUCUGGCCCCUCACAAUGUCAGAGGAUUUAAUUAUGUCUAAUCGCAAAGGGUUGGUUGAACCCCAGAGUUUAAAUAACUCUGGCCCAAGUAUUCACCCAGUAAAAGAACCAUCCAGAAAGCACUGUUUUUAGCAUUAUGUAUCUGUGUGUUCCUGCUGUGUUAUUUACACUGUUUUGUAUUAUACAAUAUAGAUGCUCAGCACUGCCCCCUUCUUUGAUUGCUUAUGAAAAACAAAAAUGAUGUACGUUACUGUGAAUUUUUAUACUACUCAUUUUUAAAAGGGCUGCCUAAAAAUUCUGCUCCAGAGUGUGGUGGUGUGCACAGGACAGAACACACAUUUUUUAAAACUUAAUCUUUCCCCUUAAUUCACAGCUGAUGAAUUAAGUCUAACAGAUUCAUCAAGACUCCUUUGCUUAUUAUACAGGCAUUUGAAAAUAUCCAUUAAUGUGAAUAUUACCUGAAUUCAGUCUGCUUGGUGUCUACACAGACCAGAAUUCAAACUGCAAAUUUUGUCUUAUUCCCAAGUGGAGAACUUUUUCCAACGAAUAUUUUUAUUUCCAAUUAUGAGGAUUUUUGAGAAUUGGGGAGGUGGGAAAGAGAAUACAAGAUAAUACUAAGCAUGGGAAAUAUUUUCUUCUAUGGAAUCAAAUUUAUCACAGUGCUGUAUGAUACUAUUAAAAUUUGGAGGACAACUUAUCUCCAGGGAGCAGCAAAAGAUGUAGAAAAUGAUCUUGCAAUCAUGUGGACACCAAUCACAAAAGUAAAGCCCUUGUGUUGUGUUUUUCAUGUCUUUUUUCAGCCCUAUCAGAUCCAAAUGUUAUUAUGCACUUUCUAAUGUUUGUAAACUUUUACUAAUAAUUAGUGUGAAUUACAUUCUGAUACAAUAAUAAUCAUCAUUAGAAGCUGACAAAAUCCUCAUUAAUACUGUUAGUGGCCUCUGCUGUGUUUUGACAUCAUGGUUCUUAUAUGGAAAGUUUCUAUGAGCUGUGUAAUCCCACUGGUCAGUAUUAUGAAAUCAUUUCUCAGUGGUAAUAUAUAAGGCACCAGUAAUAUGCCAAUGGCUCAUGAAUUACUGGACAAAUGGCAGGCAACAGGAAGACCCUUUGCAAUAAAGACCCCACUUAACUGUCUUUGAGGUCUUAGAUACAAUCCCAUGUGAAGUAGGUUAAGCAGCGUUUCAACAGAUAAUCUAUAUGGACUUACCAGGAACUCAACCCUCCUUUGUAGUUACAUAAAGGAUGAAAGGUAAGUCUGCCCUCAUCUCCCUUUACAGUACUUUUUGAAUGAGUGGAAUAAGGGCAUGGGUAUCACAUGGUCCUCAAUCACAUAUUACUAGAAAAAAUGUUAACAGUGUGAGUCUUUGAGACAAUAGGAAAGAUUAAAUUUUAGAGUACUUCCUUCUGCUUAACCCAGUAGGAUCCAAAAUGUCCAGUUAACAUUCAAACAAAUCCACCUAUUAAUAGACUCGCAAGUGGGAAAAGAGGUUCCUGGGGCUAUUUUAGACAAUUUCUGCUAGACUAUUUAGCACAUCCAACCCAUACAAUCACUUUUUAAUAUCCUUAUUUAUUAUCCUCAUAGCUUUCUUGUGAUUCUAGGUAAAGUUCUCUUCAUCCUUAAAAUUGUGGAAUUCCAAACUGAUUUCAUGUGAUUCUGUAAAGUUUAGGACUAGUGCUGAGUAUAUGUGGAGGAUUUAUAUUCCUGUGUGAUAUACUAUUAUUAAUGCAUGUGGUAUCAUGCCUGUCUUUGAAUAUAUAAUAGUUGCUAAAUUGUGAAGUCAUAUGGAGCUUUUGAAUUAUUUUUGACCUCUUACUGCUACUUUGUCUGCUAUAUUCAAAUCCAGAGGUAUUCCCAAGCCAGAAAAUAAAAAUCAGCUUUCCAAAACAUUCACAUCCUACAAAUGUUGCUCAGCAAAAGUUCAUAGUAUCUUCCAAAUUUUAUCAUAAUAUCUUUUACUUGCAAGUCAGUAACAUACAAGGAAUUGAAUUUUUAAGGAGAGAAAGAAAGAGUAGAAAACUAAGACACUGAUUUGAUAAUACACAUUGAAUUCCUGUUAACCAACUGACUUUAUGCCAUUCACUUCACAGCACAUAUUAUCCCAUUUAAUUCUCAAACAAUUCAAUUAAAGAGGUAGCGUUAUUCCAUUUCACAAAUAAGGAAAUUAAGGCUCAAUAAGGUAUAACUUUUACAAGCUUGAAAAGCUAAUAAAUGAUGAAUAAAAUUUGAAACUGUGUUUAUCUGUCUCCGGGGAGGUUUCUACUGCAGACGCCCUAAAGUUGAAGCCAGUUACAGAGCAUGUUUAUCUGGAAGGGAACUUUUAGAGAUGGACUGGAUCAGCCUCCAUAUUUUAGGAGGAAACUGAGUCCCAGAAAGGGCAAUUGUUUUUCUCAAGGUUACCUAGAUGAGCAAUGACACAGAUGCGAGUAGCACUUUUAUCUAAAAAAUAAUAAUAAUAAAUUUAAUUUCAACUUAUUUUUUUGUGGUAUACUUCCCAGAAGACAUUUUUCUGACAUGGAGCCUGUAAACUUAGCAUGGUUCAAACUUUUUAUGUUCCAUGCUACUCAUUUUGUUUAAUUAACUAGAAAUUGAAAUUUUCCGUUUUUCAACUUACUUGC